GGAAUCAUCUGGAAGUAGACAACGCCGUAAUGGCGGGUGAGGAGGGGUGUUUUCGGAUCUACCGCUGUGUCUCCGGCUACAGCAGCAAGACCAAAGUAACUGUCGUUUGUUCUGCCGAAUGUCGAUGGACGAGACCGAACGGAUCCUGUGUUAAAAUCUGUGGUGAGCUGCCUCGACUGUAUGGUGCCGAGACGUUGCCUGGAGACAACAUCGCGGGGACGAUCCGUCGGUACCAGUGUGCCCCGGGGUUCUCCAUGGCCAACGACCAGGUAAUAGAAACCACCUGCCUGCACACGGGGAAGUGGACGCUGCCCUCCAACAGAUACGCAUGUACAGUGACCUGUGGGGAGCCCCCGUACCUGGAAAAUGCCGUGGUGGUGUCGAGAGCUCCUGGGGAGAUCACCCAAAAAUGCCAAGACGGCUUCAUCCCGACAACCCCCAUCCUGCUGGAGUGUCUACCCAGUUUCAUCUGGACCACCCCCAAGGAGACCUGUGUCAAGGCGGGUUGCACCACGGCUCCGCACUACGUGAUCCACGCCAGCAGGACGACGGGGAACUCCACCUACCAGGCUUACAAGUGUGCCAGUGCUUACCGGGAGACUGGCCCCAUCUAUUCCAACUGCGUGGACGGCAAAUGGACAAAGCCCACUGAUAAGUGUACAGAGGCGGGUUGCACCACGGCUCCGCACUACGUGAUCCACGCCAGCAGGACGACGGGGAACUCCACCUACCAGGCUUACAAGUGUGCCAGUGCUUAUCGGGAGACUGGCCCCAUCUAUUCCAACUGCGUGGACGGCAAAUGGACAAAGCCCACUGAGAAGUGUACAGGACAGUGUGGCCCACCCCCUGAGGUAGAACAUGCCAUUCUUGGUAGAACGAGCUCAUCCCGCCAGUACUACGACUGCAAGCCGGGAUACAAGGCGUCAGGCAAGAUGUACGCCAUGUGUGCCGGGAAGAGGUGGAUCAAGCCAGCGGCCGCUUGUUGCAUGUUUGGAGAGGCCGAGGAGAUGAACCUAGUCAGUGACAAAAGAAUUCAUGACGCAUCCGGUCUGGCGGCCAGUCGUAAACAUCCGGGUUAUCUGUACACGCACAAUGACUACCACUCUGCAGCAGCCGUGUACGUGCUGGAGGCGAGCUCAUCCGACCUCGUGGCCACUCUCACGGUCAAAAAUGCAGAAAACUACGACUGGGAGGAUAUCGCUGUAGGCCCCUGUGGGGAAGAUACGUGUAUUUAUAUCGGGGAUAUAGGAGGCCAUCAAAGCGGCAAUGAUGAUGUGUAUGUUGUGAACAAAAUCUACCGAGUCAAGGAACCGGAUCAUCUGAAGGAUGCCGCACUACAUGCCGAUGUGCUUGAGUUUGACGGGAACUACGAGGAUGCUUACACUCUACUGGUGGACCCAGGGGGGGCGUUGUACGUUGUGUCCUCCGAUGACGACAGCGUCCUACACCAUCUGCCAGACAACUGGGGCAGUUCCGUGCUAAAGGAAGCAGAAACCCUACAUUCUAUAGAAGGCCCACAAGAACCGUGGCACAACGUCUGGGCUGGAGACAUUUCUCCCGACGGUUCGAAACUUGUACUCAUGAUAAAAGAUUGGGUAUAUUACUGGGAAGUUGGCAAAGGGGGCAUCAGGGAGGCAACAAAAAAACCUGCUUCGGCCUGUCUCACGUCCAUACAACAGCCCCAGGGGGCAACCUUUAAGCUUGAUAUGUCCGGAAUAUAUGUCAUCACCGAAGGCAGAGACGAACCCAUGUAUUUUGUGAAGGCUAAUUGAUUAAAUUACUCGACUAAUUGGCAGUCCGAGGAAACUGGAUUUAAGUCUUUCAAAAAUACGUUUGUUUGUUAUUUUUAAAAUUAUGAUGAACUAUUGUACGACAUUGAAUGACUACAUUUUGUAUGUAUAGUGUUUCCGGAGAUACUAUUUGACACGUCUAGGCCUAUUCUGAUAUCAGAGGCCGGGAUAUAACUGCAAUACUGUUCAAAGCGACGUUAACCAAACCCACUCACUCACUGAUAUGGAAACUAUUCCUUGGAACACAAUCCUCCUUGAAAGA